UCACAUAUCAUAGGUUGAAAUUUUCCUUCUCUCUCUAUUUAAGCAAAUACAUAUUCACUUCACUUUAACAGUGCAUAACAAAAAAUAAACCAGGGAUGAGUAACUUUGCAAAGAGAAUCAAGCCACAUGCUGUGUUGAUUCCAUUUCCACUUCAAGGCCAUAUCAAUCCAUUGUUGAUACUAGCAAAAUUACUUCACCUUAGAGGCUUUCACAUAACCUUUGUCAACACUGAAUACAAUCACAAACGUUUGCUCAAAUCAAGAGGUGAAAAUGCCUUUGAUGGUUUCGAUGAUUUUACCUUUGAGACCAUACCAGAUGGUUUAACACCACUAGAAGGUGAUGGCGAUGUUACUCAAGACAUACCAUCUCUUUCCCAAUCAAUAAGAAAGAACUUCCUUCAGCCCUUUGGUGAACUUCUUGCUAAACUUCAUGACUCAGCCACUGCUGGUCUUGUUGCACCAGUUACUUGCUUAGUUUCAGAUUGUUUAAUGUCAUUUACCAUACAAGCUGCUGAAGAACAUGCACUCCCAAUUGCUCUCUUUUCUACUUCUAGUGCAUGUUCUUUCUUGUCUAUUUUGCACUUUCGUACACUGUUUGAAAAAGGUCUAAUACCACUCAAAGAUGAGACUUAUUUGACAAAUGGAUAUUUAGACACCAAACUAGAUUGUAUUCCCGGAUUGCAGAACUUUCGGCUGAAGGACCUUCUUAACUUUAUAAGGACAACAAAUCCUAAUGAUGUCAUGGUAGAAUUUCUCAUUGAAGCGGCAGAUAGAUUUCACAGAGCAUCGGCUAUUGUUUUCAACACUUACGAUGAACUUGAGGGUGAUGUAAUGAAUGCGCUCUAUUCUACGUUCCUUUCUGUAUAUACCAUUGGACCUUUGCAUUCUCUUUUGAAUCGAAGUCCACAAAACCAGUUGAUAUCUUUAGGUUCCAAUCUUUGGAAAGAAGACACCAAUUGUCUUGAAUGGCUUGAAUUCAAGGAACCAAAGUCUGUUGUUUAUGUGAACUUUGGCAGCGUUAUAGUUAUGACUCCACAGAAACUGUUAGAGUUUGCUUGGGGUUUGGCUGAUAGCAAGAAACCCUUUUUGUGGAUCAUUAGGCCUGAUCUUGUGAUUGGUGGCUCAUUUAUUUCGUCAUCCGAGUUUGAGAAUGAAAUUUCAGAUAGAGGCCUAAUCGCAAGCUGGUGUCCGCAAGAGAAAGUACUGAACCAUCCUUCAAUUGGUGGAUUCUUAACUCAUUGUGGAUGGAACUCAACCAUUGAAAGCAUAUGCGCUGGAGUUCCAAUGCUGUGUUGGCCAAAUUUUGCUGAUCAGCCAACAAAUUGUAGAUAUAUUUGCAAUGAAUGGGAGAUUGGAAUGGAAAUCGAUGCUAAUGUGAAGAGGGAGGGGGUAGAGAAACUGAUCAAUGCAUUGAUGGCAGGAGAUAACGGAAAGAAGAUGAGGCAAAAGGCCAUGGAGUUGAAGAAGAAGGCAGAGGAGAACAUUAGUCCCGGUGGUUGUUCAUACAUGAAUAUGGAUAAACUGAUUAAUGAUGUCUUGCUUAAACAAUAUUAGAUUAAAAUGUGGUUGUGUAUUCAUCAAUCCCCUCUUGAUUUGGUUUAUUGUCGUGCGCAAUGAUGAAUUUAUUGAGAGGUGUUAGUAAUCUUCAAAUUGUAAGCAAUAUAUUGCAUUGUAAUUUAAAUUAUGUACCAGUACAUAAGAAAUUGAUGGCACCUGAAGGUCCAAAAUUUCAUGCUGUUGAAGUGCUUUCCAUGUCAA